GUAUUUUGCUACAGGAAGAACGGGAGCGAGAGUUCGGAGUGACAGGGCCGUGUAUGGAAUAUUUGCUUCAUCACAAGAUCUUGGAAACGUUAUAUACCUUAGGAAAAGCUGAUGUGAUCACGGAGGGCCUCCCUCAAGUCUCAAAAUCUGUGCUUUUGUUCUGUGAAUUUCUAUAAUAUAUGUGAAAAUCAAACUGGAAAAAAAAUCAACAUGUUUAAACACCAAAUAGAGUUAUGAGUAGUGGUAUUACGGAAAGUUUCCUUUUAACUAAGUCUGUAGUACUCCCAAUUCAUUUUAAGUUAAAUUCAUGCAAUUUAUAUUUUUGAGGCAGGAUAUCUGCUCCCCUAUCGUGUGGAGAGAGGGAUGGUACAACACUAAGUUGAAUACAGAUUAAUUGAUUUUUGAGUGAAGGUCAAUAAUUGUAGCACCCGGCAAAUUAAUUUUUAUAUCGGUGAUUGUAAAUGUUACAGGUCUAUCUGAAUAAUGCAAAGUAUUUGCUAUCUAGAAAAAAUACUGUGCAUGAGAUUAUCGUUUAUACCAUUUCCAGGUAGCAUGUCUAUGAGGAUGCUUUGGAAAUGCUCAUUUUGUGACUGUAUUUUAAUUGCAAACAGUAUAAGCAGGUUAGUGAUAGAACACAUAACCUUGUUAGUUUGUGCUCUCUUAACCCACAGCGUAAGCAAUCAUCAGGUUUACCUAGUUUUCAGCAAAGAUUUAAAGCAUGGCAUGUUAUAAAAACUUCCUUUUUAAAUAUUCAUUGUUUAUAAUAAUCAUAAUGUAAAUAAUUUUGCAACUAAUGCAAAACAGCCAUAGAGUUAACCAUAAUAGUUCGGGGUUACCCUAGCAUUUAGAAUACAAACAGGUUGAUGUUGCCCAAACUGAUUUCAACAGCGUGUCGUUACCAUGCUGUCUGUCAUCACAUCAGCCUGCAGUUCCAUUGGCUGUAUUAUACAGUCCCAGAUGUAAUUUUAUUUCUAGAAUGCCAGUCAUUAAUAUUUGGUGGAGAAUUGUAUAUUGAAAGACUCAUUAAUCGGCUGGUUGCAUUGACUUUUGAGGGUGAAAUACAUUCACAUUCCUAUUCUUUAAGCUUUUUGAGUAAGCAUGUUUGUAUCGUCUGUUCUCCCUUGUUUGCUUUUCUGUUCUUUGCGCCCAGUGUCCCCCAGGGAUGAAGCAGCAGGUGCUGGUGUUCUACACUAAACUCUUGGGGAGGAUCCAGCAGCCGCUGCUCCCGCACAUUAACGUCCACAGGCCGGUGCAGAAAUUAAUUCGACUGUGUGGUGAAGUACUUGCAACACCAACGGAAAAUGAAGAAAUCCAGUUUCUCUGUAUUGUAUGUGCAAAGCUGAAACAAAAUCCCUACUUGGUUAAUUUUUUUCUGGAGAAUAAGUUGAAGUCAUUGGCUUCCAAAGGCACACCAGAUGUAAUUUCAGAAGACUCACUGAAAGGUCAGGAUUCCGUGUCAACAGACACGGGCCAGUUCUGUCAGCCAGAGGAACUGUCUGGUGCUGUGGGGCUGGAGCACACAGAGACAGAAGAUGAGCCUCCUCAGCAGAUGGAUGAGCUGUCCACCAGCUUGGAUAGCCUAGCCGUCAGCCCACUGCCUGAGGCCACGGUUGUUCGUCCAAACCAGGAUUACAACUUAGUGAAUUCCUUGUUAAAUCUCACUAGAAGUCCUGAUGGCCGGAUAGCUGUGAAAGCCUGCGAGGGCUUGAUGCUGUUAGUCAGUUUGCCAGAGCCUGCGGCUGCCAGGUGCCUCACGCAGAGCACGUGCCUGUGCGAACUGCUGACAGACAGACUCGCCUCCCUGUACAAGGCCCUACCUCAGUCCGUGGACCCGUUAGAUAUCGAAACAGUGGAAGCGAUUAACUGGGGCUUGGACUCAUAUAGUCAUAAAGAAGAUGCUUCAGCAUUCCCAGGAAAACGAGCCUUAAUUUCAUUUCUUUCCUGGUUUGAUUAUUGUGAUCAACUUAUAAAGGAAGCACAAAAGACCGCUGCUAUUACUCUUGCCAAAGCUGUCCACGAAAGGUUUUUUAUCGGAGUCAUGGAACCUCAGCUGAUGCAAACUUCUGAGAUGGGUAUUCUAACAUCAACUGCUCUGCUCCAUCGCAUUGUUCGGCAAGUAACCUCUGAUGUUUUGCUUCAAGAAAUGGUGUUUUUUAUCCUUGGAGAACAGAGGGAACCGGAAACUCUGGCAGACGUUAGCAGACACCCUUUAAGACAUAGGUUAAUAGAGCAUUGUGAUCACAUAUCUGAUGAGAUAAGCAUAAUGACGUUAAGAAUGUUUGAACAUCUUUUACAAAAACCCAACGAGCACAUUCUUUACAACUUGGUCCUAAGAAAUCUCGAAGAAAGAAAUUAUACUGAGUAUAAGCCUGUGUGUCCAGAAGAUAAAGAUGUGGUGGAGAAUGGAUUGAUAGCAGGAGCCGUAGAUCUGGAAGAAGACCCAUUAUUUACUGACAUUUCGCCGGAUAACACUCUGUCAAAUCAGGAGUGGCUUAGCUCUUCACCCCCUGCUACUCCAGACCACCCCAAAAAUGAUGGGAAAACUGAAGUCCAUAAAAUUGUAAAUAGUUUUCUCUGUCUGGUACCCGAUGAAGCAAAAUCGUCCUACCAUGUCGAGGGCACUGGAUAUGACACCUACCUCCGAGAUGCUCACAGGCAGUUCCGGGACUACUGUGCUAUCUGCUUAAGAUGGGAGUGGCCUGGAUCUCCAAAAGCAUUGGAAAAGUGCAAUUUAGAAGCUACUUUCUUUGAAGGUCAUUUUUUGAAAGUUUUAUUUGACAGAAUGGGAAGAAUUCUUGAUCAGCCAUAUGAUGUAAAUUUACAAGUCACCUCCGUGUUAUCUAGACUUUCCCUCUUCCCUCAUCCACACGUACACGAGUACCUUUUGGAUCCUUAUGUAAACCUUGCUUCUGGCUGUAGAUCCCUCUUCUCUGUCAUCGUCAGGGUUGUCGGAGACCUGAUGGUGCGAAUUCAGCGUAUUCCAGACUUUACUCCCAAGCUUCUGUUAGUCAGAAAGCGAUUGCUUGGCUUGGAACCUGAAGGCCCUAUCAUUGACCACAUCACUUUGCUAGAGGGUGUGAUCGUGUUGGAAGAGUUCUGUAAGGAACUGGCGGCAAUUGCAUUUGUGAAAUACCAUGCUUCCUCCACACCGUAAUAGCGUCCUCCAAGGGGCUAAGGGAGCAGAACUGUAGUGUACAUUUCAUCAAAAAAGACUCAGCUUCACCCAGCCGAGAGGAUAAAAAGCCUUUUUAAAUGAAGUACUGCUGUAAACUGGACAGAACCAUUAAGAACCCAUUGAGUGGACAUUCUCAGUAAAAUGUAUGAUGUUGUUUUCAUUGGCUUUACCGUAAUGGUUCUAUAUGUAAGAUUGCACGUCCUUGAAUCCAGGAUACAAUCAAAGGAACUUCAGGAAAGAAGCAUUUCUAAUGCCUGUGUGAAAAGCUGCAAAAUUUCUGAUGUCAUGACUUUGAUGAUAUUUCUGUUAUUUUAAUAUCCUUUUAGGUAGCAAGGCAUUUUGACAUUCUCUGGGACUCAAAUGCUUAUAUUCUUUUGGAUUAAUAAGUAGCAAAGAAAAAAAACGAACUAAUUUUAUAACUUUUUAAGGUCAGAAUUCUUAUCAAACAAAAUAUGGAAAAAAACUGUAAAUGAGAAAAAAUACAAUUCAGAAACCAUCAAAUGAGUUAAUAGGAGAUAAAAAUGUGUAGAGCACCAUUAACUUUCUUCAGCUUUUCUAAGAAUAACAAUUUAAUAUGAUGAAGUUCUUGAUUAAUAUAUAUUUUUUAAAAAAACGUUCUUUUACUCUUGGUGCACAUAGCCAUGUUAGUGAUUGAUUUUCACGUAUGGGUCCCAGUAUAUUUAAACUGUCAUUUUUGCAACAAUGUUGAAUUUGUGCUCACCAUUGGUAAUGUUUGCUGAAAUAGUAUUUUUUUAAGCUAAUGAAAAUAUAUUGGGUUGCGAACCUUUUUUUUUUUCCUUCUGCUCCUCUCUGAAAGUUGCUUUAUAAAAAUUGCUUUAUAAUUUGAUUUCUUACUGAAAUGCAUGGUAGUGUCUAGGCGGGAACGGAUAACCUUUUGGCAGCAAUCAAAAUGCCAAUGGGCCUCCUCAGUGUUUACAGUUGUUUGUUUUUUGGUUUUUGUUUUUUUUUCCAUUUUGUUCAGUCUUUUGUUUUAAAUGAUUCUAAGAGAUUUAAAAGGAAAACCAGUCUGUCCUGUUUACGUGUUAAGGAAUUUGGGUCAAUUGGGUCUAUAUGAAGGACUGUGUGGUAGUUCAGCAGAGCUGUGCUGUGCACGGCGUGCUUCUCCUAGAUUUACAGAAUGCUGUUUGCUGAUCCACUUUCUACUCCUCCUUUGAGUGAUGCUUGUCACUCAGAUGUUGCUUUUAAGCUUUCUUCUUCCUCUCCUCCUCCUCCUCUUCCCGUUGAAAUGUUAAGCAGCAGCGCUUUGUGCUUUAUCUCUCCAUUUGCUGAAAUUUGCGGGGAGCGGACUAUCAAAAUUUCCAGCUUGGAAGGAGGCGUCGCUGCUCCUUGUAAGAAGUUGUUUUAUGUAGCGUGUUUGCGUAUGUACAUCAUGUGGCGUGUGCAUAGAAGCGCAUUUUACACCUUCUGCUAAUUUUGUUGUAUUUUUCUGAUUUAUAGUUAGUUUUGGCUAUUUAUUAAGAACAAAAUAGCAAAAGAUUAUGAAUAUUCUUGGCUCUAGAAUGCUUAUCAAUGUUAAGACUACCUUUCUAGUUUAAUGCAAAUCUUUGUUAGCUCAGUCUAAGCACAUUUAUUAAGCGCAACAAGGAAAAAAACAAAAGUGGGAGAUGGUUACUUUGUGCGUGAUUUUCUUCAAAUGAUUUUUAAUGACGGGAAAGCAUUGUUCAGUGCUCUGUAUUUAUUGACCAGCCCACGCGAAAAACACUGCAACAUUUCCAUUUUUAGACAUGGCUGUAGUCAGUUACUUUGAUGUAGGUUUAUUUAAAAUAAGGCAUUAAGAGAUAGUAGAUACUUCUUAAUGUUUGCGCAGUGCUCAAUGGGUGUAUUAGCAAUUACCUCUCAAGCCAAAUACUAUUUUAUCCUUGAUUUCGCAAUGGGACCUUACAGCUAAUACAUGACACCAAGCUCAGAAAAGCUUUAACUUUUAUAUUUGUGUGUGUGUGUAUGCUGCUUCUUAAUUUUCCUAAGUUAUUGUAAUGAUUUUGAUCUGUAGUCAGCUAAAGCUUAAGGUCUAAGUUGUUUCUCUUCUGAGCUUCUCUUUCUUUCUUCUUCCUGUUUAGUUCAGACAGACCUAGAGCCAGCACAAGUUCUCACAGUGAGUUGGAUUUGUCAGUGAAACAAUGUGCUACUAGUCUAUGUCAUACUGUCUUGUGAAAGCUGAAUAUUUCUGUUACUCAGUACUUGCAAAACAGUGACUCAAAUGCACUGUGUUGGGUGGAAAGUAGCACCUUAACAACCGAUUGCCAUAGCAAGUUCCAAGAUGAAUGUUAGCCCUGCUUCACAUCAGUAUAAAUAGGUAUGCACAUUGUUUUUAACUUUCUAACAGUAUAGUCUUUGACUUUAUUUUUAGUAAUGAGCCACCUUCUUCACUUGCUAGAACUCAGAUUUGUCCUCAGCCAAUUAUCAUUGUAUUACUCACAUUCUAACUAUGUAAUGUUCUCAUAAUGUAUCUAUCUGUGCAAUAUGGAAGCUAUGAGAGGAUUCAUAGCCCUUUGGUUUAAUUGUACAUUAUUAUGUGUGUGUACAUGUGUAUAUAUGUGUGUGUGUGUGUGUGUGUGUGUGUGUAUAUGUAUAUACACACACACACAUACACACACACACACAAAAGGACCAAAAUCCUUAGCUUGCUUACAUUGUUGCUAGUGUAAAGAUUGUUACACUUAAUUUUACGGGGCACAAAUUAUAGAAUUACUUCAUAAUUCAUGGUGACAUAUUUCCAUAAAUUAUCACAUUAAUAUACAAUUCCCAUUUAAUUAUGAAGUUCACAAGUAUUGACAGAAGUUGCAGUCAAGUGCUAAAACCACAAAUUAUAUGGCAGUUAUAUUUUGGGUUGUAUAAUUAAUCAAAAUAUGCAUGUCAUUGUGACACUUGAUAUGUUAAAACAUGAUAGAUAAUCAUAUUUCUGGGCCCUGUAAAAUAGUGUUACUAUAAUACUCUGGCCUCCUGCCUUGUUUACAUUAAACAAAGGAUAUUUGGUAAAUUUUUCUAUUGAACAUUGUGUAGGUUACUGACAGUAUUACCAAGGCCAGAGUUCUUGGGCCGUCUGUGAAGAAAAACUCUUCAGAUGGUGAUUGUGUACCUACUAUUUCUUCAAAAGGAGGUUGUGAUUAAGUUCAACUUUUUGUGCUAAUGAUGCAUGCAGGACUAAGAGGGAUAAUCCAAAAAUAAAUAAUGUAAUUUAAGCAAAGUGUCUUAUAUUUUUAUAGAAUUCUAAUUGAAAACAUUUUAUUCACUGAUAAGCCUAACACAGUAAUUCACCAUACACAGCAGGGUAUGGUACACAUUGGGGCGCCUGGCUGGCUCCGUGGGUGGAGCAUGAGACUCUUGAUCUAAAGGUCGUGAGUUCAAGCCCCCACAUUGUGUAUACAGCUCACUUAAAAAAAAAAAAAUAUGACACACAACAGUUCAUGGGUCACUAUAGCAUUGAUUCCAGGGAGAGAACAAGAAGGAACAGAAUCAGAAUAUUUGUGGCAGGGGAAUGUAUAGCUUGAAAAAUCCCCCUGAGUGAGCCUCAUUAUAUACCCUACACCCCACUCCUUAAUAACCACAUCCUUAAAGGAAGGAAUGUUUAUACAAGUCUUAGAAAAACAAUUCAUUAUAAGCAUUAUUUCUUAACAUAUCUGUAACGCAUAUAAAAACUGUUUUCUUUAACUGGCCCGUAAAGACAAUUAGACUCUAGGCUUAUUCCAUCCAUUUGAAUAUUUGCCAAAGUGCCCUGAUCGGAAACUGAAAGAAACACAUAAUACAUAGUGCAGUCAGGGAGAGAAAAAGCGUAAUUAUUAAUCCCACCUACCCAGGAUCUUUCAGCCACUGUUAUUCAAAAUAGUUUUAGAAGGACUUAAAAGAGAACAGGUUGAAAGGAUGUAGGGAGGUAGGUUUAGACGUUGAGUUGAAAUUACCCUUCUUGCCUUGAGCUGCUAUAAAAGAAAAACUGCAUUUUAGGGAUGUAUAAUCAGAUCCCUCGUCCAAAAACCUGGUUGAGACUGCUAUUCACUAAGAAAUUUGCAGUGUUUCAUCUGGAAAACUUGUUAUCUCAAGGGAAUUUAAAGAACUGACAUAAAAUUGUUAAAGUCAAAAUUUUGGGAGAGUAACUCUCAAAAGUUACAUCUCAAAGCAAACAAAAAAUGAGCCAGCAGAAGCACUGCAUGACAGUUUGAUGCCGAAGGAUCCAUGGAUGGAAGAAGUGGAAUCGGUUUUAGUUGGUCUUAAGCCGGUUAGGAAAGUUGUCGCUCAUGGGCCUAGCUCUUAGGAGACUGGCUUUUAAUUUUACUUGAUCUAUACCUGACUGCCAUUCAGGGAGAUCCAUCAAAGCCUGUUUCGUGUACACUCACCGCUUAUGGUUUGUUGUGUGCAUCAGAGAUUUUUCUGUGUUACAGUAGCAUCUCUGAACAUGUCAAAAAUAUGCUGUCAAAAAUAAUAAUUUGGUUAUUCAACAAAUAACCUACUGAGAACUUGGGAUGAGCCAGGUUUUAAGGUGCUAGAAACACAAGCAAUUUCUGUCCUCAAGAGGUCACAGUCACAGGUGAAGGAAUUCUGGUGAAUUCCAGCCCCCACUGGUGAAUGCUGUUAGUACCCAAGUGUUGUGAGAGCACAGGCAGAAAGAAGUAGUGUUAACCCUUGAACAAUGCCAGGGUGUUAGGGAUGCUGAUCCCCGCCCCCGACCCCCCGACCCCCGAUCAUGAAGUAAAAAAAUCUGCAUAUAAUGUCACAAAAAUUGUCAACAGAUAUUUUCUGUUAUGUAUAUUAUAUACUGUAUUCAGUAUAUAAAGUAAGCUAGAGAAAAGUAAAUGUUACUAAGAAAAUCAUAAGGAAGAGAAAGUAUAUUUUCAAUACUACAGCCAAAAGAUUUGUAAGUGGAUGUGUGCUGUUUAAGCCCAUGUUGUUCAAGGGUUUACUGGUGUUGGAGAUCACCUAAACGGAACUAAAACUCAAGUCUUGACUGAAUUACAUUCUUACUUGGAACUAGAGGUAUGCUGGAUAUUGUGAGAAGUCAUAACCAUAAAGUCAAGUCAGCGAGAAAUGGAACACGGUUCUCUGUCCUGUUACGUUUAUCACAGGUAACUGUUUUGUUUCACCUUCUUCAUUCUGAGAUUGGUAUAAAGCACCAGCCCAAACAAUUGUGCUUUGGGGCCCAUAUUUUCUCAGUUGGUGAAUAGUAAUAAACUGUUCUGAUUUAAAUGAUCUCUUUCUAGAACUAUUACAUAGAAGGCAAAAAGUCAACUGAAAUCUUAAAACCAAAAGAUUUAAGUAGGCUUCAAAAAUGACCUGAACAUUAGGCAUAAAAUUUGGUUUAGUAAAAUAUUUGUAGAACCAAACGUUUCUCCUUGCUUUAACUCAAUGCUUCCUUGACCACCAUUCUUUUUUGGGGCACAAGAUGGCUGCAUAUCCGGUUGAGAACCAGCUGGGUUGACAAAGACAGGAGAGGUGAAUUCAGAAGCCACAGGCUAGAGAUGGGAGAUGGAUGAAAUGUCUAAACCUCCACUGGUUCUCAUUUCAUAACUCCCACUCCUGAAAUUUAAGGCUGAGGUAAGGCUACAAGGCAGGACAACCUAAGGGUCAUACCUGCCAGGGAGCAAAAUGAAGAGACCCGACAUGUUUCCCUUCCUACCCUCAGUGAUCUGGAGGUAGCCUCAAGGAAUUACCUGGUCUCCCAAGGGUGAGUCUGAGGAAUUAAAAGAAAUUCAGCAUGUUUUGUAGUUUUAUAUUUUGAUCUUACUCUUCACUCUAAUUAGACUAGUCAGUAUAUCAACCAAUAGAAAUUUUCUUUUUAAAAGGGUGGAGGAGGCGGCAUUUAGGUAAUAAUUCUGACUUUUUAAGAUUUUAUUUAUUUGAGAGAGCGAGCGAGCAUGAGUGGGGGAGGAGCGGAAGGAGAGGGACAAGUAGACUCCGCGCUGAGCGCAGAGCCCAACGCAGGGCUCAGUCCCACAACCCUGAGAUCAUGACCUGAGCCGGUAUCAAGAAUCAGAUGUCAACCUACUGAGCCACCCGGGUGCCCCAAAUUCUCUUGACUCUUGAUGACUAACCAAGUCCUGACAUGAAAGGAGGACCCAGUAGGACGGCCAGAAACUCAAGCACUACCAUGGUUACUUUGCUCUCAUUUGAGGAGGUGAGGGCAGGGAAAGAAGGAAGACAUCCAUUGACGUUUGUAGCUGUUUCCUGAUGGUACUCAUGUUGUUAGGUGCAUUCAUUUGCAUGGUGAUCAUUCUAUUAAUUCUUAACAAAAUGUUUAAUUCCAAUAAUGUGCCAAGGGCUUCAGGGAUAAUAUUCAGGUUAGAGAAUCCAAACAAGCCAAGAACACAUCCUGGGUCUAACAGACCACUGUUUUUCAAAACACAUUUUUUUAGGUUGAGAACUAUAACCAGAAUUGCAAAGCGUGAAGAGCUAGAUGUGGUUCAGAAAAAAAGCAGGUGACACGCCCAGCCUGUGAGAGUAGGGAAGACAAAGCAAAGGCAUCUCCAAGUCUGUUACUGCCUCAGGCCUGUAAUUUAUGAGUAAGGAAUCAUAAAAUCAAUUUCACUGUAAUGCAGACAGAUGAGAUGGCAUACAAAUUCACUGUAGUCUGGAUGAAGUUAUAUUUCAAAGCCCUGAAGAUGAGAUUCAUUUAUGUAAUAACAUGAGAAAUGUAUUUCUCAUGCCACUCACAAAUGGAAUAGCAUGUUGGGUUUUAAUUGAUUAGACUUCCCCAGAGAACCAUGUACUACUGAAGAUUUCUAGAGGGAAACAAAUUAGCAAUUCCUUAAACAUUAUUCUUCCAUGUUUAAAACAUGCUUUCUUUCUUAAAUCUCUUUAUCCUGUUGCUCUUAUCAACAAUGUAGCAAGUCCCAGAGCAUUUGAUGGCUCUCAAAUCUUUGUUGGCUGCUUCAAUUAUUAGUGUCCUGCAAUCUUUGUUUCCAUUCCGUUUUAGAAACUAUUAGACAAUAGAUCAUCUUUUUCUUAAGUUGAAUUGGUGGUGGGUUCCCACAGAAAUGGAAAUUGAGGAGAAACCAUGUACUAUUAAGAUAUAAAUAUUAACCCAAUAGUUCAUGUACCUUUGGACUCCUUGACAAUAAACAGGUUCCAUUUUAUAAAGACUUGCAUUCCCCCUAAAAUGAUCCAAUGUGAUGCAGCCACAAGUAAACUUUUCCCUGAAAAUACUGUUGGCAAGAGCACAUGACUCAUUGGAAGUUGGGUUCAAAACCACAUCCUAAAAAUAAUAAGCCAUAAAUGCAGAUGUGCGUAGCAAUUUCUGAGUGUUUU